AUGGCAGCUCUCUUGAACCGGCUGCACCACAUCUCUCUCCACGUUUCUAACGCGGAGAAAGUAGCUAGCGACCUUGUGUCUAAAUUCAAGUUUAGUUUGUUUGCCACCAGACUAACGGACACGUCCAGGCAGCUUGCUUUCAGGAAAGGAGGAGCUGUUUUCAUCGUGAAUGAGAGACAAACCCAGAGCGGUGUGAGUUUGAAUGAAGAGCUACGCCUUACGGAUGCAUAUCCAUGUGAUCCACACCCGGUCAACGUGGGGAAAUACCUCCAGGAUAACUCUAUAAAAUGUCUGUACGAUAUCAGCCCACAUUACCCGGUGGAUUCUGUAAGCAAUGUGUGUUUCGAGGUGGAGGAUGUGGAAAGGUCAUUCAGGGCUCUUCGCAACCUGGGCUGCAAUUUCAUGGUGCCCCCCACGACAGUUCAGGACGAGAGGGGUCCUGUCACCUACUCUGUGGUUAAAUCUAUUGUGGGAAAUGUGUGCCACACACUUAUUGACAGGACUAAAUACAUGGGGAGCUUCUUGCCAGGCUUUGAUGUCAUUGAAAAGGACUGCUUGCCAGAGGAGGACAUGUCUUGUCCAAUCACACAUUUUGAUCAUAUAACUUAUGUCUGUCCCAAGAAAGCAACCCACCAGGUCAUGAGGUGGUAUGAGAAGCUCUUUGGUUUCCAGAGGUUUUUCAUUAAAAGUAAUGAAGAUGUGGAUGAGGGUUUUGUCGUAAACCACAAGGACGUUGGACUACGUCUUACCGCCAUGGAGUACUGGAAAUGCAGCGAAGCAGGUAUCACUCUCUCCUCAGUGGACAAGAAUGAGCCUGACUGCAAGUUUGUCAUUGCAGAAUCAUUGCCUGGACAAGGCAGGAAUCAGGUUGACACCUUCUUGGAGCAGCACAGGGCCCCAGGGAUCCAGCACAUUGGGCUGUACACAGAAGAUAUUGUUUCCUCUGCAUAUGCAAUGGCUCAAGCUGGUGUCGAGUUUUUCUCCCCUCCUCAUGCCUACUACACAGAGGUUGGAAAACAGCAGGAGAUUGUGGACGCAGGACACAGUCCCCAGUUGCUGGCGCAGAAUGGCAUUCUACUGGACACAGACCUGUGCCAGGAUCCCUCACCACAGACCACAUCCAGUGAAAAGAAAAGACACCUCCUCCAGCUAUUCACCAAGCCACUCUUUGCAGAGGAUACCUUCUUCCUCGAGCUGAUAGAGCGAAGAGGGGCCACAGGUUUUGGCGAGGGGAACAUCAGGGCGCUGUGGAGGUCGGUGCAGGCGCACAUGGAGAAUCAGACAGGGGAUUCCCAAGGAGAGGGAUCCCAUAAAACUAUGCAAUCUGGCCAGUAUUAGUGAAUGUACAUGUUUCUAAAAGGGAUUUAUUUGUGUUUUUUUUAUGUGAGAGCACUUAUUUGGGGGAAGAUAUGCAGAACGCAAAAUAAUGUAAUAUAUAUUUUAGUUUUCUGUUGAUUUCAGUUUUUCAAUUAGUUACUAACGUUACAUUUUGCACUGAUAACGAGUUAAAUAUUUUUCGUUGAUAUUUAUCUUUGAUCAUGAAUGUACUGGUUAAAAAACUGCACUAUGAACAAAAUAGUACAAAAACAGAUUGUACACAUCUAUUUGAAAUGUUCCAAAAAAAUACACUUCCUGUAGCAGUUAAAGAAUAUCUUUGUUUUUACUGUGUCAAAGGAAAUCAACUGACUCACAGCAACUGUUCCUAAAUAAAUCUGUUACUCACAGAGCAGGCUGUGAAGAACAAUAACUGUCCUCAAGAUAAUGUGCUCUCUGGUUCUUAGUAUGCAGUCUGGCCACAUUUCAGAAAAUGAGCUCUUCGAAUGUGCUGUUGUAGGUCUUCUUAGGUAAACACUAGUGAGCAGAAAAGUAUGGAAAGUGUAUACUUAUGCAUAGUGCUGAAAAAUUGCUCCUAAUUAUUACAUUUUUUUACAGCUGUACUAACAAACUAAAAAAUGAUCAAGAUACAUCUUAAUAAUAUGAAAGUUAUAUUGUAAAUACAAUAUUAACAGGAUGUGUAUCUCAUAUAUAAAUGUGUUGAUGAUAAUAAUUAUAUGAUUUAAGAAUAAUGUUAUACAAUUACUGUGGCAAGUGUUACUAUUUACAUUUUUUUUAAAUGUCGAUUACCAUACUGCAUUUUGCUGAGAUUACAGUUUUUUAAUGCAUGACUUGAUGACACUGGGUACUGCUAGUUUAUUUUUCUUAAAUGUGUACAGUGGGCUUACUCUGGACUUUCCACGAGGCAGAUCCAUAAAUAAAAAAGAGUUUUUGCUCCCAGA